AUGUCGCGCGUGGAUCUGCUCGGGCUGCAAGGGAAAUGCAAGCGCGACCCGGAGGGAUACCGCGACGACGUCCUCAUGCAGCUCCAGCACUUCAACGCGCUGCACGGCCUCUUCAUGCUCAAACCCGGGAAAGACUUCAAAGAGUUCGCGGACCUGGUCUCGUUUCUCGCGCAAGUCGCGGCGUCGUACCCGAAAGACAUGCCGCGGUUCCACGUCGCUCUCGUCGACCUCCUCGAGAAGCACUACGCGCACCUCGACCCGUCGCUGCGUCGGUCGCUGACGUCCGCGCUCAUCCUCCUGCGCAACCGCGGCAGCGUCCAAGCCACCGAGCUCCUGCCGCUGUUCUUCCGCCUGUUCCGGUGCCAAGACAAGCAGCUCCGCGUGCUCAUCUUCCGGCACGUCGUCGCGGACGUCAAGCGCGCGAAUAAAAACAAACGCGACGAGCGGCUGAACCGUUCGGUGCAAAACUUUCUCGCCGCCACGCUCAAGGACGAGAACGAGGCGGCGGCGAAGAAGGCGCUCGCGGUCAUCACGGAGCUGUAUCGAAGGAACGUGUGGAGCGACGCGCGGACGGUGAACUUGGUCGCGGACGCGUGUAAGCACCCGGCGCCGCGGGUGAUGGUGGGCGCGUUGAAAUUUUUUCUCGGGCAGGACGAAGCCGCGGAGGCGGCGGCCGAGGCGGGGGACGAGGACGAGGACGACGAGGACGAGGACGCGGUGGGUAAGAAGGCGAAGACGGGGGGCGUGUCGAGGACGAAACAAAAGAAACAGGCCAAGCUGAAGCGCCAGAUGGCGUCCAUACGAAGGGCGAACAAAAAAGAAGACGGCGGCAGAAACGGCGAAGCGCGAUUCGCCGCGAUGCAGCUCGUCAACGACCCGCAAGCGUUCGCGGAGACGCUGUUCAACCGCCUGCAGUCCGGCAGCGCGCUCAAGUUCGACACGAAGAUGCUUCUCAUUCAAGUGGUAUCCCGCGUCGUCGGGUUGCACCGGUUGCACUUGCUGCACUUGUAUCCGUUUUUGCAGCGAUACGUGCAGCCGAAUCAACGCGAAGUCACGCGGUUGCUCGCGGCGGCGGCGACGGCGUGUCACGAGCUCGUGCCCCCGGACGCGCUGGAUCCGCUCUUGCGGCAGCUCGUGAAUCAGUUCGUGCACGACCGCGCGCGUCCGGAGGUGGUCGCCGUGGGUAUUAACACCGUGAGGGAGAUUUGUUUAAGGUGCCCGCUCGUGAUGAACUCGGACCUCCUUCAAGACCUCGCGCAGUACAAGCGCGCGCGGGACAAACCCGUCGCCACCGCGGCGAGGGCGCUCAUCUCUUUAUUCCGCGAGCUCGCGCCGAAGAUGCUGGAAAAGAAGGACCGCGGCCGCGGCGCCGACUUGGACCGCGACGUCGACGCGUACGGAUCAGAGAAGGUCCUCGAUCGCAUCGAAGGCGCGGAGCUCUUACAGCGCGAGGACGGGGGGGAGGACGACUCGGACGUCGAGGAAGCCGCCGACUCGAGCGACGACGACGACGACGAAGAGGGAGAGGAAGUGGCAGAGGAGGAGGACGAACGCGAGGAGACCGAGGAGAACGGCGACGACGGCGACGGCGACUCGGACGCGAGCGACUCGGACGCGGACGCCGCCGCGAUCGAACGCACGCGCGUGCUCACCCCCGACGACUUCAAACGCAUCAAAGCGCUGCGCACCGCGAGCCAGCUCUCCGGCGCGAUGCAAAAGGGCGGCGGGAAGAAGGCGGACGCGACCGCGAACGACGAACUGCGCGCGUUGAUGCGCCGCGCGGACGCGGAACGGUUCGGGUCGUCGACAGCGGACCGAAGGGCGUCCAGGGUGGCGUCGAUCAUGGCGGGGAGAGAGGAACGCGGCGAGUUCGGGUCGUCGCAGGAGAGGAAGAACAAGAAGACGGGCGGGAAGUCGAACAAGGAGAAGGCGAAGAAGAAGAACCUGCCGCUCGCCGCGCGCGUGCGGGCGGCGCACAAACGCCGGACGGGGGGUGUGGCGAAACGCGUCAAGGAUAAGCAGCAGAGAGGGCACUUCCGGAAGGGGAAGUUUUAG